AUGCAGCCAUCUCUGGGGCGGGACGGACACUAUAAGAGACCCCGCCUGGAUGAGCCAUUGGAGGCUGGUUCUCCGGACUGGGGGGUUCAGCUGGGAGAUUGCACUCCGCCCCCCCAAAGUCCUGCUUGCAGGAAGCUUGGAGGGUCCCUGCUGGUCAGGGCCCUGGCCUGCGGUGACCCCCCUGUGUCCGCAGUCACUAUGAGCUCGGGUGGGGCCGGGGGCCCGGCGGGCUCCGUCCGGGAGUUCACACGCCACGCCAGCGACGUGCUGCUCAACCUGGACCAGCUACGUCACCGCCGCGUCCUGACCGAUGUCACCCUGCUGGUGGGGGGGCGCCCCCUGCUGGCCCACAAGGCUGUGCUCGCCGCUUGCAGUGGCUUCUUCUACUCCAUCUUCCUGGCUCAGGGGGGCAGCGAGGUCACUGUCCUCACCCUGCCCGGCUCCAUCCAGCCCGGGGGCUUCCAGGCCCUGCUGGAUUUCAUGUACACCUCCCGCCUGCCCCUCACCCCGGCCUCCGUCCCCGCCCUGCUCAACGCCGCCACCUACCUGCAGAUGGAGCACGUGGUGGACGCCUGUCACCGCUUCAUUCAGGCCAGUUACGACCACGGUAGCUGCUACCCCAAGCCCCUCCCCUCCCCGGCGGACCCCAAAUCCCUGGACACCCCCCAAGGACCCUCAGAUGACAGUGGGACGGUGCCCGCAGAGGGUCCCCACCCAGAGGGGCCAAGCCCGGGGGCCCCCCUGCGAUCGGCUCCUGCCAGGCCGCCGGCGAAGGGUUCCGGGGGGGCGCCCCCGGGGGGGGAGCGGGGCCCCCCCGACAGCCCGUCGCGCUCCGAGGGGCACCCCGCCUCCCCCUGCGAGUCCAGCGGCUGCGCCCCCGACCCCAAAGCCUGCAACUGGAAGAAAUACAAGUUCAUCGUCCUGAACUCGCUCCGGGGGGAGGGGGCCGGGGGAGGGGGUGGGGCCGGCCCCCAGCCCCCCGGCCCCCCGACCCUGCCCGAGCCCCCGGCCGGCAAAGACCAAGGCGCCAGCCGUGACAGGGAAGAGGGGGGCCGCGCCCUCUGCGGGCUGCACCCUGCCGUCUCACAGUGCCCCGUGUGCCCCCGGCACCGGCAGGUGGGGGCCCCGCUGCCCCCACCCUGCCCCCACCUUCCCCAGGGGCGGCCCCGGCCCGCAACAGGUGCUGGACCAUACGGCUGCGGGGCCUGCGAGCUGGGCCUGGAGGAGGAGGAGGGGGAGGGGGAGGACGGGGGAGCGGAUGGGGGGCAGGCCCCGGCGGCUGCCCCCCACGACAACAAACCGUUCAAAUGUCACCUCUGCUGCUCGGCCUUUCGCUACAAGGGCAACCUGGCUUCCCACCGCGCCGUCCACACCGGUGAGAAGCCAUAUCGCUGCGGAGUCUGUGGGGCCCAGUUCAACCGGCCAGCGAACCUCAAAACCCACUCGCGGAUCCACUCAGGCGAAAAGCCCUACAAGUGUGAGACCUGCGGCUCCAGCUUCGUGCAGGUCGCCCACCUCCGGGCCCACGUGUUGAUCCACACGGGUGAAAAGCCCUACCCUUGCGAGACGUGUGGGACCCGCUUCCGGCACCUACAGACCCUCAAGAGCCACAUCCGGAUCCACACGGGCGAGAAGCCGUAUCACUGCGAGGCCUGCCACCUGCACUUCCGGCACAAGAGCCAGCUGCGGCUUCACCUGCGGCAGAAGCAUGGGGCCGUCACCAACACCAAGAUCCGCUACGCAGUGCUGGCCGGCCCCUCCGGCGCCCGCUGCUGAACGGGGACCGCGCUUCCUCCCCCUCUCACCAGAGAGCAGGAGAGAGACACAGGUCCCCCCCACCCCGCACCGCUGCCUACUUCGCUCCUGCCAGCAGGGGGGGCCGUGUCGGGGUAGGGGAAAUUCCCGGCCUGUCAGGAGGGGCCCGCUGGUCGUGACUCCCUUUCAUAGCAUGUGUUGUCCUGCAGUGUCUGGGCUUGG